GUGACACAGCCAGCCUUUCAGCCAACGGGAUACAGGGGCGUGUCGCCAUCUGCCAGCGGCCGCAUCGAUAGUGUAAAGGAGGAAGCAUCAAAACGCAGUGCAUUUGUCACAGACGAGCUUUUCAUUCGUACACUCUGGUCGCUGCCGUUUAACAGCCAUGUCUGAGAAGGAAAGUUGCACAUAUGAGGAGUAUAAACAGACAUCAGACUGGCUUCUAUCCAAAACAAAACAUCGUCCCAUUGUGGCCAUUGUGUGCGGCUCUGGGCUUGGUGGACUAGGGGAACUUCUUAAAGAUCAACAGGCUUUCAAUUACUGCGACAUACCCAACUUCCCCAAGAGCACAGUUCCUGGCCAUGCGGGGCGUCUGAUAUUUGGAAACCUUAGUGGGAAGCCAUGUGUAUGCAUGCAAGGCCGCUUUCAUUUCUAUGAAGGCUACCCACUGUGGAAGGUGACAUUUCCAGUUCGAGUGUUCCACCUAAUGGGAGUUGAGGCCAUCAUUUUAACUAAUGCUGCCGGAGGUCUGAACCAAGAGUUCAGUGUAGGAGACAUCAUGGUGAUAAAGGAUCACAUCAACAUGGUAGGAUUUGCAGGACAAAAUCCAUUGUUUGGCCAUAAUGAAGACAGGUUUGGUCCUCGUUUCCCCCCUAUGUCAGAUGCAUAUAACAAGAACAUGAGGAGUCUGUUGCUAGCUGCUGGCAAGGAGCUGGGUUAUAAUAAUAUGAGAGAAGGGGUGUAUUGUGGUCUUGGGGGACCUAACUUUGAAACAAUUGCUGAAUGCCGAUUUCUCAACAAGUUAGGUGCAGAUGCUGUAGGUAUGAGCACAGUACAUGAGGUGGUUGUUGCCAGACACUGCGGCCUGCGCAUCCUGGGAAUAUCACUAAUUACCAACAAAGCUGUUAUGGACUAUGACAGUAAUUUCACUGCCAACCACGAGGAAGUGCUUCAAGCUGGCAAAGAUAGUGCCAAAUAUAUGGAGAAGCUUGUAAGCACUUUCCUGCAGCGCUUGGACCUAAAUAAAGUGUGAUAGCACAGGGAACAAGUUUAGGGCAAAAAGAUAAAUCUACUGUUAUUUUAAUUAUUCUAUUCUUCUUAUAUGUCAAACCUGCCAGCCUUUAGCUGUUUUUAUACUGUAUUUUUUUUUUGGGUUAUGCUCAGAAAUGUGUUUGUAGAACAGCUGCGGGUUGGCAGGAUCUAACAAUAACAGGCCAAUGCUUCUCUACUGUAGCAACAUUUCUAUCUAUACCUCUUUUUUAAUACAGCUACCUAUCAGAAUGGUGCAAAGGACCAGUAUCAUGAUCCUCUUACUGGAUAUGGAGCAUCCAUGUGUCAUUCCUCACUAACAAAAUAUCACAUUCCUCUAUCUCACAUUCAGUUAACAUAGUUUGUUGAGAAGAAACAAUUACCAUGCCAGAUAUUUAAAGCCUUUAUUCAUAUGUCUAUUCAUACUGUAAAUCAGCCAAUCUCUGACAUAGUAAUAUCAUUUAUUUUUUAAUAAUCAAUUACUUAAAAUGCACUGUUACAUCUCCUAGUGGGAAAAUUUGCUGAAAUGUAAUAGAACAAUAGAACCCAGCAGCAUGGGUGAAAAGCUAAUGAAAAGAAUGGGCUGAAGGAACAUUGACUCUUAUUUUAUUUUACUUUAUUAAACAUUUAUUACUUGA